CUGUGGUGCGGGGUGGGGAAGAAAUGACUUGUGGGAUGCGAAGUAGCCGGCGGCAAGAGAGGCAGAGGAGGCUGAUUGACACACGGAGAGAAACGUCAGGGAGCGUAGCGGGAAAUAAAAGAAGGAGAGUUAUAAAACAUCCAGCUUUACGGUUAAUUUAAAGCCUCGCAGACAUUUCGAUCUGCGCACACGAACAGCGGAUACCGAGCGGAAGAAAAAAAAAGUUCAGAUCCCACGAAUCAGCGCGUGGGAGUGGGAAGCAGGAUCGUGACUGACUGAGGCAAGCUCCACUGUCUGUCUCGUUAUGGCAGGUCCUGGAGGUGACAUGCAGUGGUGCUUCUCUCAGGUGAAAGGAGCAAUCGAUGAUGACGUAGCUGAGGCGGACAUUAUAUCUACAGUUGAAUUUAACCACACAGGGGAGCUGCUGGCCACAGGAGACAAGGGUGGACGCGUAGUCAUCUUCCAACAGGAAAUAGAGAACAAAAAUCAGCCUCAGUUCCGGAGCGAGUACAAUGUUUACAGCACUUUUCAGAGCCACGAGCCAGAGUUUGACUACUUGAAGAGUUUGGAAAUAGAAGAGAAAAUCAACAAGAUUCGCUGGCUUCCUCAGAAGAAUGCUGCUCAGUUCCUGUUGUCAACUAAUGAUAAAACGAUUAAAUUGUGGAAAAUCAGUGAACGAGACAAGAGGCCAGAGGGCUACAAUCUCAAAGAGGAGGAUGGGCGCUACAAGGACCCUAACACUAUCACAUCUUUGCGGGUACCAGUUUUAAAACCCAUGGACCUCAUGGUGGAAGCCAGUCCACGGAGGGUGUUUGCCAACGCUCACACCUACCAUAUCAACUCUGUCUCAGUCAACAGCGACAACGAGACCUACCUGUCUGCAGACGACCUCCGCAUCAACCUCUGGCACCUCGAGAUCACUGACCGCAGCUUCAAUAUUGUUGACAUUAAACCGGCUAACAUGGAGGAACUUACAGAGGUGAUCACAGCAGCAGAGUUCCACCCUCAUCAAUGUAACACCUUCGUUUACAGCAGCAGCAAAGGAACCAUCCGACUGUGUGACAUGAGGGUUUCAGCGCUAUGUGACAAGCACUCAAAGUUGUUUGAGGAACCAGAAGAUCCUAGUAAUCGCUCCUUCUUCUCUGAGAUCAUAUCAUCAAUCUCAGAUGUUAAAUUUAGCCACAACGGACGCUACAUGAUGACUAGAGACUACUUGUCUGUAAAGAUUUGGGACCUGAAUAUGGAAAACAGGCCUGUGGAGACAUAUCAGGUUCAUGAGUACCUGAGAAGCAAGCUGUGCUCGCUAUAUGAGAAUGACUGCAUCUUUGACAAGUUUGAAUGCUGCUGGAAUGGCAAUGACAGUGUGGUGAUGACCGGCUCAUAUAACAACUUCUUCAGGAUGUUCGAUCGCGGCCACAGACGGGAUGUGACAUUGGAGGCGUCCCGUGAAAACAGCAAGCCCAUGCAGGUCCUGAAGCCCCGCAAGGUGUGCACAGGCGGCAAACGCAAAAAGGAUGAAAUCAGCGUGGAUAGUUUGGACUUCAAUAAGAAGAUCCUGCACACUGCCUGGCAUCCCCAGGACAACAUCAUUGCGGUGGCAACGACCAACAACCUCUACAUAUUCCAGGAUAAAGUGAACUAAUUGCAGGGUGAGCUUGUCACAUCUGGCGCGGGUGAUGUCAUUUUUAACCACCCGCAGCCUCACAGCCUCAUCCAGGGCGAUCUGUGGUGGUAAUGCCGACAACCAGCAUCCCUGUCCGGCCCUACUGAGUGACCAGACUUUGCCACUAGAUGUGGACAGAGGAGGACUUGCUCUUGCCCAUCAUCAGUCUGUCUGUGGCAGAGUGAUGCCUGCCUUGUUGUUAAGUGAUGUUGUGCCAAUUUCUUUCUCUUCAUCAUAUUUUUUUUUUUUUGCCAACCCGCCUGCCCUUUACUUUUCUAAUGUGGGUGAAACAAGUUUAAUUUCCUUAAAAUUCUGAAUACAGACACACUUAUUUUUAUAAAUACCCCCCCCAUCCCCUAAAAUGGUAGAAAAUGAAAAACACCUAGUUUGUCCCAUUAUUAUCCUGUGCCAUUGUAGUGUUUACUUUUCUAAGAAAAGUUUGACCUUUGUUUUGUGUACACUUUUUUUUUUUUUUCACUAAUUCAUCAGUUCUGCUGUCUGUUUUUGUUGAGUGUCUUCACAUUUCCUUUUUUUCAUUAAACCAUACAUUCAUCACAACUUGCUGCUCAUCUUGGACACAUCCAGGAUUUUGAGAAGUACAGUGUUUUUUGCUUUCUGGGGGUUGUUUUGUUUUGUUUUUUUGUUGUCCGCUCAGAUUUGGUCCAGUGAGGUUUUUGUCCUGCUUGCCGUUUCUGUCACUGUGCCUCAGGCUCUGGUUGGCCAAACAGGCCCAAACUCAGUAAGAGCUCCUUCUUUGUUUUUGUUUUUUUUUUUUUUUGUUUUAUUCCC